AUCAUGUCGCCUUGGGAAAUGAAGAGUGGAAUCCGUGGGAAGGGGAUGAGAAGCAUGAGCUGGCUGUGUUUCAGCAGAGAUAUGAAGCUAAUCUUAAGAUGGUGAAAUAUGUGAGGUCUGACCUAGAACAGACCAGUCAUAGAGUACAGAUUUGGGGCAAAGCAGCAAUUGGUCUUUACCUUUGGCAACAUAUUUUUGGAGGGCACCUUGAACCAGCUGAUGUGACUGCACAGUGGAGAGAAGGAAGCCAAAAAGCAGGAAAAACAUAUUUCAGCUUCAUCACUGGUCCAUCCGUGGUUCCAGGCUACUUCCCGGUGGAAGCAGAGAAUGUGGUGCUGGUGCUGAACGGGCGGGAGAAGGCGAAGGUCGCGUUCGCCACGCAGUGGUUGCACUAUACACAGACACUGAUUCAGACCCGCAAGAUCCAGCACGUGGCACUUUUGCUGCUGGGAAACGAGCAGUGCAGUAACGGAUGGGUUCAGCCGUACCUGAAAAGAAACGGAGGAUUUAUCAAUCUGCUCUUCAUUACAUAUGACUGUGCGUUCGUAAAUGAAGAAGACAUUUUUCAGUGGCCUUUAGGAGUAGCCACCUACAGAAAUUUUCCAGUUGUAGAGCCCAGCUGGUCAAUGCUACGAGAUCCAAGACCACAUCUAUGUAAUUUCUUAGGAACAAUUUAUAAGAACUCUUCUAGAGAAACCCUGAUGGAAAUUCUGAAGCAGGAUGGGCUUGACAAACUUUGCUGGAUUGCAGCCAGAGAACAGUGGCAGCCUCAAGAAACAAAUGAAAGUUUCAAAAACUAUCAGGAUGCCUUGCUGCAGAGUGAUUUGACAUUGUGCCCAGUGGGAAUAAAUACAGAAUGUUACAGAAUUUAUGAAGCCUGUUCAUAUGGAUCUCUGCCUGUUAUAGAAGAUGUAAUGACACCGGGCGAUUGCGGAAAUUCAUCAAUGAACCACAGUGCUCCAUUACAAUUAUUAAAAACCAUGGGGGCUCCAUUUAUCUUUAUUAAAAACUGGAAAGAGCUUCCUGCUAUUCUAGAGAAAGAAAAAAAAAUGAGCUUACAAGAAAAGAUUCAAAGGAGAAAAAGGCUUUUAGAGUGGUAUCGAAACUUCAAAGCAUGGAUGAGACAGAAAUUCAUUAAUACUUUGGAAAAUUCAUUUUUUCCCAGUGAUAAAGGAUAAAUUUUCCCUUUUGAAAAUCUAGAAUAGAUUGACAGCUUAAUUUACAUUAACCUUCUGAGGAAGCUUUUACACAAAAGCAAUCUCACAGGGUGAAUGCAUUGCUUUUAAAGUCAACAGAAUUGCUGUAGCUUGGCCAAGAGCUACUCUUGGCCCUCCAUCCUUAAUGAUUUUCAGAGAGGUUGUUGACUUAGUAGGAUGGUACUCUGCACAUAUGACAACAAUUUUGUUACUAUUUUCACAACCUUCAUAUUGCUGUGUGACCUGAUAAAAUUUUUAUAAGAAAAUGUCAUUGAGCAUGUGAACUUGUUAAAAUCCAAUGUGA